GGAAACAGCUCGGCUCGGCUCGGCUCGGCUCGGAGAUCUGCAGGCUCGGCUCGGCUCGGCUCGGCUCGGCUCGGUACCGGCGACCCUGCUCUGUUGGUUGCCGGCCGAUCUCAGCACUCCGCCCCCCCGGCUCUCGCCAUGCUGAAGACCCGGCAGUGCCUCCUCGGGGUCCACACUUUCCUGGGGGUCACCGCUCGGAUUUGGGGGUUUUUCCUCUACAUGCUCAGAAAGCACGUCCGCACGGUAAUCCAGUACCAGACAGUACGAUACGACAUCUUGCCGCUGUCGCCCGUCUCCAGAAACAGACUCUGUAGUGUAAAAAGGAAGAUCUUGGUGUUGGAUUUAGAUGAAACGUUAAUCCACUCGCAUCACGACGGGGUCUUAAGACCGACAGUGCGGGCCGGCACUCCUCCUGAUUUUCUAUUAAAGGUUGUAAUAGACAAACACCCAGUGAGGUUUUUUGUACAUAAAAGGCCGCACGUGGAUUUCUUUCUGGAAGUGGUGAGCCAGUGGUAUGAGCUGGUCGUGUUCACAGCCAGUAUGGAGAUCUACGGUUCUGCUGUGGCCGAAAAACUUGACAAUAACCGAGAGAUCCUGAAACGAAGAUAUUAUAGACAGCACUGUACACUGGAGCUGGGCAGCUAUAUUAAAGACCUGUCCGUUGUGCAUGGUGACCUGUCCAGCAUCGUCAUUUUAGACAACUCCCCGGGGGCCUAUCGAAACCACCCAGAUAACGCAAUACCUAUAAAGUCGUGGUUCAGCGAUCCCAGCGACACAGCACUUCUCAACCUGAUCCCCAUGCUGGAUGCGCUGAGGUUUACAGCAGACGUCCGGUCAGUCCUGAGUCGGAAUUUACAUCAACACCGGCUCCAGUGAUGACGAAGAUGAAAGAGCGAUCGAGGGAGACAGCGUUGCUAUACCAACCCUCUCCGCUGCUCUGGAGUCUGCACUGGGAAUAGCAACACACUUUUUUUUUUUUUUUUGGUCUUUCCCAGUGAUUUUUUUUAAUUUUUUUUUUUUUCUUUAUCAAGAAUCGAUUUUCCCGAUCCACAGGAAUCCGCAUGGAGGUUUUCCCAAUGGUCCUUUUACACAGACAGUGGCUGGCAAUUUAUUUCCCCUGAUUUUUAUUAAAAGAACAACUAGACGCUGAUCUUCAGAUCCAGGAAUUCUUGGGAGGGGACAGACGAUGUUGAUUUUAGCGCACACACACACACACAAAAGGCAGAUAUAAUUUUCUGUAAGGAUUUUAUCAUAUAUAUAUUAUUUUAUUUUUGCCUCCCAGAAUAAGGAAAGUGAAGUAAUUCAUAAAUUUGUUGUAGCAGAUACAAAAACUGAGAUUGAUCCCAGUAUAGGCCUUGAAAUGAGAAAUUCUUUUUUUUUUUUUCUACAAAAAUAAAAAAUCUAGAAUUCCCAGGACAGAAAUUCAAAAAAAAAAAAUCAACGGUCAGAUAUUUUCCUGUCCUUUUUAGAUUCUUAUCUGAAGUCGAAACUGCCAGGGAACUGUUCGCUUUGAUUCCCCCCCCCCCGUACCCUCAGAAGCCUGCUCUAUUAUGAGUCUUAAUGUUUCUACAUGUUGGUGGGGCUUUCUGGUUAUAAGAGCCUCGUCUCGCGCCUUCUGCUUGUGACACGACAGGCGGGUGUGAUCGCAAACGCGAGAGGUCCUUCGACCGCACGCAUGGACUCCAUUCUCAAGUUAAGCGGCCAAUGCAAUCUUUUUGAGCGAAUACGUUCUGUGUAGGGUGUCCUCCUAACAGUAAAAGAAGAAUUGAGCUCAAUUUAGAAUCUUACAGGUGGGUGGGGGGGGUAGGUGUGUGUGGUGUUGUGUAAUUCCCUAUGGUUUUGUGGGAUUGUUCCACUAAAAAGCUGGAAAGCAUAUGAGGCUGGGUGCUGAAGCCACUCAUUGUGCAAGAACACCAGCCCUGGAAGAGUCAGCAAACCUGGAUUAUCCACAAAACACACGGCAUGAUCUCUUUAUGAAACGCUCAAUAGUGCUGAACCUGGAAAUACCGAAAGAAACUCAAAUUCAAUGAAAAACAUUUCAACUAGAAGUCUGGGAGACUUUGGGGGGGGGGGACUUCCAGUCUAGUCUUUGUUGUUGAAUUUGAGUUUAUGUUGGCGUUUCUAGAACAGGAUACUAAACGUGAAGAAAUCAGUCAUAAACUAGCGCUUUUAAAGGCCUGCCAGCCAACGCCCUGUACUUCAUAUUGGUAUGCAUCCUGUUGCCUCCUAGUUUGAAGAUUGAAUGAUCGAAUGGUAACUCUGUAAUGGUUUUAAAAUCUUGGUAAAUAAUCUGUUUGGCUGACGGGGUUAGAUGUGCCUGAGCUUUCUCUGUAAAGGGAUGUUGAAACAAGCAGAGACACACACACACAGACUUUGUAUUUACAGUCCUAUCUUAUACGUGCAUGUUUAUUUGAAAUUGUACAUAGAUUUUUUUUCACAUACAGUAUUCAAGAUACUAUAAAUAAUGAAAUUAUCACUUAAAAUGUAUUUUUUUAAAAGAACAUUUUAACCCUAUAAAUCAGAGGUAUUCGUUUACAUUAUCUGACGGGCCAGGUGAUGGAAUGGGUGCGUUCACGGAGAUCAGUCUUAGCACCAUGCACCAGUCUCAAAAACGUCUAAAAAAAUAACCACUUUUGAACGACACCAAGUCUGAGCGCCGUGCAGCUAUACAAACAGACAGCGAAUGCAAAUCCUAAAUGCAUUCUAGCAAACAAAUAGUUAUACAAUGUCACUAAUCUUAAUUUUAUUUAAACCGUGAUGUUUAAAUUAAUGAGAAGUGAAUGAGCCUCUAAUUUCUCUUAUUGCCUGGGAAUCACAGCAGCGUCUUUGUUUUCGGAAAAUGACUGCGCAGCAAGCAUUCCAGCUGACUAAUUAAACAUUGCAUCUAUCGCUUUAUUCAUGUCUCAUAAGCGUCUUAGCGCCCGAUUCAAAACGAAAAAUGUAGCGCUGUCUAAAUAUUUAUCAGCUUCAGCGGGUUUAAAUGUAAUUGAAAGGUUUCUAACUUACAGGACAGUAAUCAGGAAAGAUACAUUUAUCGUACCGUCUUUGAGAGGCGUUCCCUAAGGUGCAUUUCUUACUGUGGCCAAACAGGUUUUUCUGUAAUGCUAAAAUAAAACUUUGACAGGCUCUUUCAGCUAACUUGCUCUGCUUGAAUAUACUUUUGCAUGUCUUGUUUUCUCUGUCGGUUUGUUGUUUUGUCUGUGUGCCUGUCGCCGUGAGGCCGAAUCCAUUCCCCUCACAAAUGUGCAUGUUUAAAAGACACGUAAUCGUGGCUCAAGGUAAGAUAACCAAACCGACAGAAUUUAGCCCCUAAGAGACAGAGACUUGAAGUAAAGUGAUCUGUUAUUCCUGCGUUAGGUGUGUUGUCAAAACACAAAGAGCCAGGGGACCUUUCAAUCCUGCCUAUCUGUAUUUUCAGUUUUCGUAACUAAGGACAGCUGACGCUCACCGGGCCAAGCUGGCAGCCAGUUGAAUAACAUUGCUUUGCAGCCGUGGUCUGAAGCGUAAUUACGCUUGGACUGGGUUCAAACAUUGAAAGUGUUUCCCGUCUCCGCAGCCCCUGCUCGCAUGUGCGCUGGUUUAGCACACCGUUUCAAACCAUCUUAGCGCGGCAUAUUCAGCAUAGCGUAAAAAAAACACACAUUAUACCCGUUUAUUUUAUUAAUACUCUGCGGAAACUUUCUUGGUAUUUGGGGCGAGGUUGAAAAACGCAAUAAUUUCCAAUGAGUAACUCGGUUUGGCUGUCAUAAUUACAGAAACCCAAUACAAACGAAAUCAAGUGAAACAAUUCCCUAUUUGAUUUACCUAAGAUAUGUGAAUAAUAAUAAUAAUAAACAAGCAUUUAAUGUCUGAUCGUCUGUUGUCGGCAGAAUCCACAUAUUAUAGACCCUUGAUCUUCAAUCAUCAAAUUCGUGGCUGAUCAAUAAAGCAAUUGUUUGUGUUUGUGCGAAAGACUCGUAUGCUGCCCCUUCUGCACAGUACAAUGUUUAAAUGUGCCAGCAGUGCUGUGAUAGCUAAUGCUAACACUGUACACUAGAGGCACGCAUACAAAACAAACACAAUAUAGACCUUUUACACUCGUUUCCGACACGCACAACAGGGUAAGACCGACCUCUAGUAGUCCUCAACAAUACAGCACCUCUGUAAAAUUAAAUUACAACUUUAUAGGUCUUUUGUUUCGCCUUAUUUUCUCUUCAAACAAACGUCUUUUUUUUUUAAUUGACUAACAUUGCUUUUGGUCUAAAGCGUAAUUACGCUUGGGCUUGGUUCAAACGUUGAAGACGUUUUUAAAAAAAAACAAACAAAAAAAAACAACUUGAACCCCCUUUCUCCUCUCCCCGCGAUAGAUUAGCACAGGUGCCAAACAGUUAUUCGUACGUUUAUUUACACGUUAAAUCGUUUAUUUUGUAACGUGGUGCAAUCUGCCCUCCACCCAAAAGGGAUCUUCCAUGAUUUCAAUCUCAGUCACAUGACCAGCGCAGCUCCCCCCCCCCUCGGUGUGGCUUUCCGCGCUGGGGGGGGGGGUCAAAACAAAAUAGUCCCCCAAUAUUGAAAUACUUAAAACCUCACCCACAUCGUUAUUUCUUUAUAUUAUUCAAACACAGUGCUUUAAAUAACACUUUGGCCCGGGUCGUUUUAAACGCGCGUUUUGGCUUUUUUUUUUUGUUGUUGUUGCUGUAGAGGAUGCGAUAUUUAUUGAUUUAUUGAUUUGUUUAUUUAGUGUUUAGAGAUUUGCACGGCUGCAGGCAGCGAUGCUCGAUGAUUUCCAAUCGCACCUCGACCCCCCCAAAAAACCAAGAACAGGUGCGUCUGGGCGCUUGCGUUAGGCUUGGACCGUGCUUUGGGGUUUACGCAAAGAGACUACGUGAACGCCUUGGCAACGCAGAACUGUAUUUAAUACACACAAACACAUUUAAAAUAAAAAAACAAUUCACGUCUAGGCUUUUACAGCAUUAUCAGUGAAUAAAACUAAUAAUCCCAAUAUAAAAAAAAAAAUAAAAAAUACCAAUUAAGCCUAAUGCUAUUUUAUUUGGGUUGAGGGUGGGAACAUGUGUUUUGGUUUGUUAUGAUAUAACAUAAUAACAUAUAUGUGUUACAGUGCCGGUGUAACUGCAUAAAAUCCACAGCGUACUUAAUUUUUCUGCAUCCAAAUUAAACAUUUUUCUGACGUUACACCGGCUUGAACGUGACACCCGACCUAUUACCCUGUAAAAUUAACCAGCAUUUAAAAA